AUGUCGGCCCCCGUACCAAGAAACUUUGACGCUGAGAAUGCCGAUAACCUCGAGGAUAUCGAGAGGCAAUUCGCCGUCAAGGCCGUCCAGCACAUGCAGACCUACUGGUCGAUCCUCGAACGAGUCAAGGGCUCGGCGCUCCGCCUGACGCGCUGGGACGACGAGAUCUACGAGCACCUCAAGGAGGCGUUCCCCGAGUUCGAUCCUGCCGAGACGAUUGAUGAGGAUAAGAUGAAGAGCAAGGAGGGCAAGGAGAGGUGGCGGAACUUUAUGAUGAAGUAUGACAAGAAGGUUGGAGAGUUCAACUUUGGAACGAUGUUGAGGUCGAACCCCAAGUUUGAGUAUGGCCGUGAGGAGACUAUUUUUGUCCCCAGGAUGCAGUUCUAUGCUAUUGAGAUUGCGAGGAAUCGCCACGGCUUGAAUGACUGGAUAUGGGAGCAGGCUCAGAAGGAGAGCUCGAAAUGA